AUGACUUCUAUCACCUCCACUAACGCCAUCGAGGAGGAGACAUAUGACGACUACGUAGCCGAAGAAUUUUACCCCGCUCACAUCGGGGAGGUAAUUAAGUCGCCCAAGGCUGAGUAUGAGAUUAUCGGGAAACUAGGGGAAAAGACCUUCUCCACCCUCAAAAUCACAAUCUCCCACCCCCCCACCACCACCAACCGCGAAGCAGACAUCUACACGCGCAUCCAAUCCCUCUCCUCUGCGCACGAGGGUAAGGGGUACGUGAGAGAGUUGCAGGAGGCUUUUGAGAUUCAGGGGCCGGACGGGAGGCAUUGGUGUCUUGUGCAUGCGCCGCUGGGGGUGAGUUUGCAGGAGUGGCAGAGGGGGUGUGAGGGGGGGAGGUUGAGGGGGGAGGUGCUUAGGGGGGUGGUGAGGUGUUUGUUGGUGGCGUUGGAGUUUUUGCAUGAGGAGGCGGGGGUUGUACAUACUGACAUCCAAGCCGCCAACAUCCUUCUAACUCUCCCCACCACCACCCCCAUCCACACCUUCCUCGCCGCAGAACAAUCACACCCCAGCCCGCACAAAAAAGUAAACCCGCACCGCACAAUCUACCGCUCGCGGCGUCUAUCAGUCGCCCUCAAUCCGCCACCAGGCGUGCCGACGCUAACAGAUUUCGGGAACGCGGUGCGCGAUGCGCAUAGGCCUCAUGCGGGGCUGAUACAGCCGUUGAUGUGUAGGGCGCCUGAGGUUAUCUUGAGGAUGCCGUGGGAUGAGAGGGCGGAUGUUUGGAAUUUGGGCGUGCUUAUGUGGCAGCUUAGGUUUAACGAACAUCUUUUUGAUGGGGUGACGGAGGGGGAGCAGUUGAGAUAUAUGAUUGCGUCUCUUGGACCGCCGCCGAAGGAAUUCGUGUUAAAGGGAAGGUUGGGGGUUAGGGAGGUGUAUUUUGAUGAUGAUGGUGUAUGGAAAGGGGCGCCUGUCAAGCCGUCCCCUAUUGGAGGGUCGUUGGAGGGGGAAGAAGAGGAGUUCCUGGACUUGCUGAAGGAGAUGGUGAGGUGGGUUCCGGAGGAAAGGAAGAGUGCGAGGGAGUUGUUGGAGCAUCCGUGGUUGGCUUCUGGCACUGAUGGCGGGGAUGAGGAGGUGGGGAAGCAGUGAUUGACUUGCGUGCACGUCACGGCAGGCACAUGAGACGAGUGCGAAUUCGAUCGAGUAAGUUGGGCAACUUGUUUUCCGCGGCAUCGACAACAAGAAGUGGGUUUAUUGCCAGCCAGCCAUUAUCCAAAGAAGAUCUAUCUACCCCAGAAAGGCUCCUCCGCCACUGCCUCUUACCCCUUCCUCUCGCCCGGUCUAUUGUUGAAGAAUGCAGCAGAUGGGCUUUGAUGAUGGAAGGGUACGUUGGGGAAAGGGGGGAAUUCGGUAGCCCAAUUUGGGCGUGGAUAUGUCCUCUCGGGAUAGUGGCUAACUGUCAAGAAGCCGCUUAGUUGAUUCGGGG